AGGGUUAAUACUCACACUCCGCCCCACGCCCCCAGCACGUCCAUGGCUUUGCCGGCAGACGCACUCAGCAGCUUUCAUCUGCUCGCCCGCUGAAGACGGCUUGCUUUCAGAUUUGCAACGAGUGCAAAAUAUAUAUAUACAUAUUUUUUUGUUCAUUUAUUUUCGUGUAAGAGAUUGCUGUGGGUUAGUGUGGGUUUUUUUUAUUUGAGAAAACAUGGCCGGGAAAGAAAUUGUACAAGGUAGCAGUCGUCUGCUGUUCGCACUCGGAGUGAACAUUCUCUCGUUCCUGGCUUGUGGAUCCGGAGCGGAGGAAACUGAGAAUUUGUCUGGGCUGGCUAAGAUACCCGGCAAGGACAUCUUUGCCGUGCGAGAAAACGAGACCACGUGCCUGAUGGUGGAAUUCGCCGCAAGGUUCCACAUCCCGUACGAUACCUGGGCGAGCAACUACGUGGAUCUGGUGACGGAGCAAGCCAGCGUGUCCAUGCCUGGGAACGCGCAGGUGAAGGGCCGCUGUGCACGGGGGGCCACCGCACAGCCCGAGAUAAUCAUAUCGUGGAGCGACGACUCCUACAUACUCAAGCUCUACUUUGACAAGGAGACCCGCAACGUCACAAAGAGACGGCAGCAGCAUUUCUGGAAAGUCAGCAAAAUUAAGUUCACCUAUGACACCUCCGACAGCGCGCACUUCAAAGACGCCGUCAACGUCGGCAAGUUCACCGCGAUCAGCAACCCACACAUGGCGCUAUUCCUGACGCCCAUGGGCCACUCGUACUCGUGCCUCACCACCGAGACGAUCUCGCUCAGCGCGCACGACCGACAGAAAGUGGUCGUGUUCAAGAUUUCCGAAGCCAAGAUGCAGCCCUACGAGAUCGCGGGCGACUUCCUCUACGGUCCAGAGAGUCAGUGCACGGUGGACCAGCGUGAGAGCCUCGAGGAGACCCUGCCGCUGGCUCUGGGGUUGGCCCUGGGCCUCAUCAUCGUCGUCAUCAUCGGCGUCUAUCACCUGCAGCACCGGCUCAGCGGCUCCGCUCAGCCGCAGCAAGAUCGCGCCAACUACAAGGAGAUGUGAGCCCCGCGGCGGCUCCUGUGGUGCGGAAAGACGCCGGCAUCCGUCGUAACGCCGACGUUGCAUUAUAGAGAGAGCUUAUAUGCUACGAACAACAACAACAACAACAAAAUGUGCUGCUCUUGCUGCUGCUGAAACACCGUUUUUCAUGGUUGCUAUGAUUACCACGCAAAAAAAUUUAUUCAGAAAAAAAAUUGUUAAAGUAUCCUGGUGAGGGCCAACUGCUGAACAGCGUUGAAUCCACUAUACAUUGUUUUUUUUUUCUUCUUGGUUCUUUCGGUAAAGUCACGUAGAAGGAAAAUAAUAAGAUAAUAAAAAUAAUAUUUUAUUAUGUUUUAUUUUUAUUAUUUUAUUAUUUUCCUUCUACGUGACUUUACCGAAAGAACCAAGAAGAUGAAUCCCUGCAGUCAUGAAAGCUUUAAAUCGAAAUAUACAUUGUGUAAUGUUUUUGGCUGCGAUUUGUUUAUUCUCGAGAGAAAGUGUGAGGAAAAAAUAGACGAAAGCCACUUGUUAGUCAAUUUCAAUACAACUGGAUCACGUGUACAAAAAUAUGAAUUGGUAAACUGAAACCCCAGUCUUAUCGUGUGGAAAUUAUGCGUCGUUUAUGCAUCUACGCGACUGGUUAACAUUCUCACACCUUGUCAUUUAGAAGUAAAGAAGAAAACUCUUCCGUUAGAGAUAUAGAUACAGUGCUAUCGCUUAGUUGAUAGGAAAGAAACGACAGUCUUAUUGGACACAAUGGCAUUGUAUAUAUAUAUUGGAGAUGCCCCCCCUUAUUUUUCAAAAUGCUCAUCUUACAAAAUCCAUUACAACCACUUGACAAAAAAUGCUAAUGUGGGAAUACUGUAUUAUCUGAUGCCACUGUUGUUCAAGAAAGAUUCCAUUCCACAGACCGUUAAUUCAUUUUUAUCUCAUCCGUGCAUUAAGAUGAACUCAUGAAUACAUUAAAUAUGGGAAUGCAACUGCCAUGAUUGUAAUACCGUUGAUAGUGAUUUCUUCGAAAUAAUACUGUAUGUAGUCAGUGUGCAAUUUGUUGUUGAUGCCUGAUUGUAAAGUGCUCCUAACUUAAAUGCAUUUGCGAUAUUUGCUUAAUAUGAACGUGGUUCCGUUAUCAUAUCACAUGUUUUCUACUUGCACAAAUAAUAUGCGAUUGAACUAUAUUGAAAUGUAGCUACGGAAUAAUGAAUCCGCUAGAUUACGAGCAAUGUGUGAGAAUAGUGAUCGUUGCUUCAGUGUUUUCAACUUGGAUGCGAAUAUGUGUGCGCCUAAGCCACUGAGACCAAAGCAAGUCCAUGCUGAUGGCUACAUUUCUUGUCGUACGGGAGUCUGGUGUUACAUGGUUUAUGUCAUUUCAAUUGGGCUAUUGUUAAUCGCUUAUGUUUUGAAUUGGUGAUGCUGAAAUGCAAAUAUUCAUUGCUGCCGUUGAACAUGUGUGUCUGAGUCGACAGAAAGUGUUGAAUAAAUGACGAAUCAUUGACAUCAUUACUUUACUUUUUUUAAAUCCAAUUAUAAAUGCCUUACGUAUGAAGGGCAAAUAAAUGAAUAUUGCUAUCGAACAUUUUGGACAUUUUUGUCAGGGCAACAAUACCAACGGAGUUCUACUGAAGGAACUCAGCAUAACACAGCAGGUAAUUACUUUUACGUAUAACACCUCAUGCGCAAAGCGAUUUCAGCAAUAUUAUUUUUGCAUAUAAAUAAGCGUCCCUUGCCUGUGGCAAGCCAUGAACAGUUUCAUUGCUGGCAAACUCGUCGUUGUUGUCGUUGUUGUUGUCAGCCUCUUGGUAGCUCUUAAUGAUCUCUCUCCGUCAUCACGUGGCAGUGCCGGUUAAUGGAGCGUCAAUCCAUCCCCAGUCUGAUGAAGACUGCAAUGUUCUGGAACUGAUCAUCAAGAGUGUCUAUUUCCCCAACACCACACCAGUCACGGCAUACUAAUGCAUCGCAACCCAGACGAUCUACUGUAAACGCCUCGGAGGAAAUUUUUCUUUUUACUGUAGCGUCAUGUCUUUUUUAAAA